AUGAUUAAUUAUAAUUAAAUAUAUGUUGCAGUUCGCAUCAAAGCCUAUCUAAAUGCUUAAGACAAAGAAGAGAGUUGUAUAUCUUCCUUCACAGAUGUAUGAAUACUACCAAUUAUUUAUUUAGAAAUAAAUAGUUAUAUCUAAAUCCAAUCUCUACGAAUAAUAGUAUGAAUUUAAUCAAAUUUUUGAUUCACAGUGUGAUCAAGAAUAAAUUUAUUUAUGUGUUGUCCAUCCUAUUGUCUAAGAGGCUUUGAGUGGAAUAAGUUCAAAUUUAAUCAUAUAUGGUUCACAAGGAAGCGGCAAAACUUAUUCUCUUUUUGGUACUAUUGGCUCAUUAUUUACAUUAAAAUAAGGUUUAAUUAGCUUGGAAAGUGGCAUUGCCAUAAGAAUGAUUCAUGUAAAUAAUUAGAAUUUAUAUACUUAGCAAUUACACUAAUAAAAAUAAAUAUCAGAGUUGAAAAUUUUUAUUAUUGAUAAUGAAUAAAUUAUUAAUCAUUUAACAACCAAUGGAUAGUCCAAAUGGAUAGAUUUAGCUAAACAAUUAUGUGAAGUUAUUCAAAACCUUAACGAUUCCAUUAUUCAUGUUGUUAUUGAAAUUAAAACUUUACAGAAUUCAAAAAUUAAAAUUAUUUAAAUUGGAUCCGUAAGCAAAGGAAAUUCAGGAUAGAUGGUUACUCACAAUAAGAGCAUUUUUACAUUACACAGAUGUAUCUAAUGUUUGCUUGAUUAAUAAAAACAAAAAAAAAUAAUUUAGAUGCAAAGAAUAUACAUACCUUUUAGAGAAUCUAAAUUGACUAAUUUAUUAUCAAAUUCUUUUUUGGGAUAAGCAUAGUUAAAAAUUAUACUUUGUUUAGCCCCUACUAAAAUAGAUGAUGCUUUAGGUACACUGUAAUUUGGAUAAUAAUUUCAAUAAAUCAAAAUUAUUAGAUAAUAAUCUAAACUUCAAACUUAAUUGUCUGUUUAAUAAUAAUUUUAAACUUAAUCAUAGCUUUAAUUAAACGAAUUCAAUUCGAUGACUACAUAAAGUUAAACUCUGGAGAUGAUACCAAUUCAGUUCCAUCUAUAAAAAAUUUAAGAGUUGACUGAUAAAUACGAAUCUAUAAUUCACUACUUACAAUAAAAAAUAAUUAAAUAUAAAAAUUAAUGA